AUUGCAUACUUCAUAGAGCUGGCAAACAGUUGUAGAAACAAAGAACUGCAGAUGCUGACAAAGUCGAUGGCAUGAUGGCAAUAAUGGUCAUAAUGACCUCAUUACCUGUGAAAUCCUAACAAUCUCCUACUAUGUCUCCACUGGAUAUAUGGGGACUAUUGUAAGGUGGGCUUAUUCCUGGGGGUCAGGACAACCCACAUGGUUCGACUUCUUUGCAUCAGCGUUGAAAGGUGUCAUCCCGAAAAUACGGACUAUCCAAAAUGUUCUUCACAUGGUUGCUCGGAUGAUAAUUCCUGGGGGAAAGCUGCUAUCACGACUCUUUCACCUACUUCAGCAGAGGGUGCCUCUCCCACAGGCUCGUCGUCUCCGUUCCCUUCGUCUUGCGUGGAGCGGAUUUAUCUGCAAACUUCGUCCAUUUCUUCCUCGCUGUUCGAGGUCUCAUCCGCCUCUCCCACCAUUCUGCUUUGCCCGGGGUCUUGCCCCAGGCGUGUGGGCGGGUUCUCAGUUCUGGGAGGCGCAUUCCCAGCCAAACACGGCAUAGAGGGCAAGGAGCGGCCGUCCGCAAGGAAAGAAACUGGACGGCGAGAUUGAGUUCGGGAUAUGUGUUCGGGAGUUCAGGAAGACAGACUCGGGGUACAGGCAUCGCGAUCUCGAAGGCAAUUGCCGGGAUAAAGUAACCGAUAGAAUCCGCGGUAAAAACUCCGGGUAAUCUCACCGUACAGAUACGGGGAGACUCCUGGUUCAGACAGUCCAUGAUACAGAUUUCGGAACAUAGUGUCCGGGUUGCAUCUGGUUUAGUUAACCCUGAAUACUCAGCGUUAGAAAGAUCGGGAUACAAGCGGGAUAGUCCGUUGCAGACUGGGACAUUCUGGGAUAAAACGCGGGACAGUCCAGGAAAGAGACACCGUGGUACAGAGAAGCGAAACACUGGAACGAUGUGGGUCCUGGCAACUGUGCUCCUAGUCGGGAUUCUCCCGGGUGCAGGUGAUCCUGGACCGCUGCCUUUGCCUGGUGCUGCGACCGGGGAGGUGGAGCUGUUAAUUCCUGAUGGUUUGGGGGUAACUGCAAUGGAGGUGGCUCCUGUGGAGGUUCAUUUCAGGCCUCGAACUAAGCGUUGCACCUGUUUCUCGUACAAGGACAAGGAGUGUGUGUACUACUGUCACCUGGAUGUGAUCUGGAUGAAUACUCCAGAGAGGACUGUGCCCUAUGGACUAUCCAAUGUGCGACGACAUAAACGCUCUGACAGGGAUACGAGUUGGCUUGUGAGGUCUCAAAAACCUCGAUGUUUCUGCACAGAGGAUGAUGAUGAACUGUGUGGCCUGUUCUGCAGGCCGAAGCAAAGUGACAGUGAAAUAGUAACCCAUUGAGGUAUCAUUGGUUUGUGAGGGCAGAGGGGGGAAACAAGACAGCCAAAGAUGUUGCUUGUUUGAUCAAAUGUUGGCCAGUUGCUAAACUGUAUUGGCAAAGAUCGAUUCCUGAUAUUUCCGAGCAGUAUAUCAGUCCUAGGCAGAUCAAAAGUAACGUGGGGACAACAAUCUGCAGUAAAUUCAAUAUCUAGGCUUAUUGUCCAUGUAAUCCACCUCUCCCAGAUGCAUCACAAUGGAGCUCCUCAGACUGCAGCUCAACAACGGACCAAAUAUCCUCAAGCUGCUUCCCUCUCUGCAGUCAUAGUUCCUGGGGAUCUGCAGGUUUCAGCGACUCCCACUUAUUGUAGCCAGAGCACUUCACCUCUGCCAUUUCCAUCAAAUCUUGUUUUAUAUAUUCAAUGAGGUGAGAUUCUAUUUGCAUGCUAUUUGGUUUGUUUUUAACCAGUUUAUCCAUCAAAAAAACAUUUGUUACUUUUUGUUAAAGUGGAAGGAGAUGGGCAUUUGGCCCAAUUAUUUUUUGUACAUUAGACCACAUUGUCUAUCAUUCUUUCAGUCACAUCACCUAACAUUUCUCAGCUUUAAAUUUUAUUGGCCAUUUAUUUAUCAUUCUGCCAGACCUCUGUGGUCUAUAAGCGUUCUUUCCAUAGUUUACCACACUUCCCAGCUUUGCAUCAUCUCCAAUUAUGGACAUUUUACACUGCACUGUAGUGCACAAGUUAUGACUAUACAUAUAAAACAAGCAGAACACUACUCUUUUUGCAUCGUCAAUUUCAACACUGUUCGAUAGUUUUUGCCAGUUUCCAACCCAUGCUGACCCUGAAAUUGCUAUUUGUUUAUUAUUUUUACGUGUACUGAGAUAUAGUGAAGAACUUCAGUAAUAUCCAGGCAAAUCAUGCCAUACAUGAGUACAUUAGGUAAUACAAAAGAAAAAAUAAACAAAAUUUAGUAUUACAGCAAAAAAGAAUGUCCAGAUAUUUCAUGGGCCCUGAGUUUGCUAAUUGGUCUUUUAAGCAGGAUUUUUGAUCAUACAUUUUCUGAUCCCAUAAUAUGACAUUCAAUGUAUUCUCUUUAUCAACCUUUGAUUCAGAUCAGCCAGUUCUUCGAGCCUCUUCUUCCCUGGUGACUUAUUUACUUUAAACAAAGCCAGGCUUUGUUCUAUAUUCUCUGCCUCAGUUUUCACUCCACCCAUUAUCUCUCUGAUUUCUUCUACUUAGAUUUUGGCAUCAUCAUCUUCCUUAGUAAACAUCAAUACCAAGUACUCUCUUUUUAUUCCAGCUCUGCUUCUUGCCUCAAAUACAAAUAUCACCUUCUUUAUCCUCAAUCGGCCCCAUUACUCUGACUAACAUGUAUAUAUCCAGGGAAGACUUCUGAAAUCCUUUUCAUACUAUAUGCCAUUCUCUUCUCAUACUCCCUCUUUAAUUAUUUUAUCUUUCUUUUUUAUCUUCUUCCCAGCUAUUUAUAUUCAGCCUGAUUCUAUUCAUCAAGCAUGUCAUACACUUAUUUUCUUAUUUUGUCUACUCUAUCUUCUUUGUGGUUCAGAAAGCUUUGAUUUGGUUCCUCAACCACCUGAAAAUGGACUGUCAGCACUUGAAUAAUUCCCUCAAUCAAAGGUUUUAUUUUAAUUGAUCUACUACAGAUUGAACAACUGUUAUGGGAGAUAUUUCACCCUCCAAGCCCAUGUGUCAGUAAAGACAAGUUAUAUUGUUUAACAGUUUAUUCCAGCAUAUGCAAGAAAGCCAUCUUGAAACAGUGCCUGAAAUUAUUUAAAUAUUAAAACAUAUUAAAACAUAGAGUGAUCAUAAUACCCCAAGCAUAGUUACACAUGACUUGCAUCAUUCUGUACUAUGGUUAAAUAUCACAGAUGAGUAUUUUCUUAACCAAUGCAGUAAUUUAGUUAUCACUUAUUGACUAACAUGAGAUGCAAUUCAUUCUGAAUCAUAACGAAUUAAUUAAGCCAAUCAACGGCAUAACCUUCGAAGAAUUAAAGAGUUUCAAUGUAUAUAUAAACAGGAAGAAGACAUCUAGGUUAGGUAUAGGCUUCUAAAGAACAGGGCUGCUGCAUUAAUAACAGGAAAUAAAGAAUCAAGAUCAUUUUUUGUAUCCAUCUUCACCAGCGAGGAUGCUACAAAUAUCGUUAAGAUAACAGAUGUGCUAAUCUCAAAUAACUGGAAGGAACUUGUACAAAUCGCAAUCAAGGGGAUAAAGUAUUUGAGAAACACCCAUGGCAACAGGUGAACAAAUCACCAGAACCCAUUGCCCCGCACCCCUUGGUCUUCCUUUAUUUUGAAAAUGUUCAAAUCACACUAAAUUCCUAGAGUAUCAGAAGACUGGAAAAAAUCAAAAGUAACUCCUUUGGCCAGAAAGGAAGGAAAUCAGAAGGUGGGAACUAUUGGCCAGUUAAUUUAACAUUAAUUGUUGGCAGGAUGAUAGAGUCAAUAAUCAAGAUGAAUAUAAUUAGACAUAGUGAAUAUCAUUUUAUAAAAGAUAAUUUAAAAUUUGCUUGAAUUCAUUGUGGAUAUUAAAGGCAGAGUUGAGAGAGAGGGGCACUGGUAGAUGUAGUGUAUUUAUAUCCAAAAAGUAUUUGAUAAGAUAUCACAUAAGGGUCUAGUGCAUAAAUAAAGAACCCAAGGUUUUGGAGAAAGUGUGUUAGCGCAGAUUGAAAAAUAGAGUUGGAAUAGAUUGAUCCUUUUUAGGCUGGAAGGGUGUAAUGAGUGAAGUAUCUCAGGGAUCGUUUCUUGCCCCUCACUUGUUUGCAUGUAGCGAUGAGGACUUUAUGAAAGUUAAUGGGAUAUAGAUACUGAGCAAUUGGGUUAAAAUCUGGCUAAUUACAUUUUUAUGUGGUGAAGUGUGAAGUUUUGCACUUUAGCAAAAGGAAUUAAAAGGUGGAUGCAGAAUGGAGAGAGAUUGCAGAUAAGAGAAGUUCACAUGGAUCUCUGUGUUCUAGAGCAUGAGUUAGUAAAGGUUAGCUGGGUGGUCCAACAAGUAGUUUAAGGCAAACAGCAUGUUGAUCUUUAUUGCAAAGAAGUUGGAGUUGAAGUGAAGGUUUUUGUAUCAUUCUAUACGUAGUACAUAGUGUAUAGCAAAUUUCUGGAAUUUGAUCUGGUGGUGGACACCAGAUCAUUAGAUAUAUUUGGAGUGGAGACAGACACAUAUUUGAGAGAUCAAAGAAUUGAACAUUAUGGGAAACUUGCUCAGAACAAGAACCAACUGACAAAGCAACCAAGAAAGCCCUCUUAUUAUUUAAUCACUUUAGUCUAACAUUGUUUCAAUUGCAUUGGGGUAACUGAAAUCCUCAAUAUUCCACAAUUUGUGCAUCACCUUAUUAUAUCCCUGCAGAUUUGGUUUUCUACCUCUGUCUCACUAUUUGAUGGCCUGUAAAGUAACUCUAGCAGCCUUAAACCAGAUGGAUUCCACUCUUGAUCUUUAAACUUUGCAGAUGACACUAAAGUAGGUGGUAUCAUAGAAACAUAGAAAAUAGGUCCGUUCGGCCUUCAAGCAGCACCACCAUUCUAUAUGAUCAUGGCUGAUCAUCCAAAAACAGUACCCAAUUUCAGCUUUCUCCCCUUUCCCUUGAUUCGGUUAGCCCCAAGAGCUAUAUCUAAAAGUCCUGUCCCACGGUACGAGUUCAUUCCGAGAGUUCUCCCGCAUUUGCCCUGAUUCGAACUCGGAGAUUUAUGGUAAUGGCCACUCGUCGGUACUCGGGGCACUCGUGGACAUUUUUCAACGUGUUGAAAAAUCUUCAUGAGUUUUCCCGUGCUUACCUGCCGUUAGCAAGUCUUCCUGAGUACCUACCGUUAGCGUUAUGAGCCACUAAGAGACGUUCCCAAGCUCCAACGUACCCGCUACGUUCAUUCUCCGUGCUUACCAUGAGUUUGAUUUAUUUUAAACUCGGGAGAGCUCUUGGAAUGAACUCGUACCGGGGGACAGGGCUUUUACUCUCUCUUGAAAACAUCCAGUGAAUUGGCCUCCAAUGCUUUCUGUGGCAGAGAAUUCCACAGAUCCACAACUCUCUGGGUGAAAAAGUCUUUCCUCAUCUCAGUCCUAAAUGACCUACCCAUUAUUCUUAAACUGUGACCCCUGGUUCUGGACUACCCCAACAUCGGGAACAUUUUUCCUGUAUCUAGCCUGUCCAAUCCCUUAAGAAUUUUAUGUUUCUGUAAGAUAUCCUUUCAUCCUAAAUUCCAGUGAAUAUAAACCCAGUCGAUCCAUUCUUUCAUCAUAUGUCAGUCCCGCCAUCCCUGGAAUUAACCUGGUGAACCUACACUGCACUCCUUCAAUAGCAAGAAUGUCCUUCCUCAAAUUAGGAGACAAAAACUGCACACAAUACUCCAGCUGCGGUCUCACCAGGACCCUGUACAACUGCAGUGGGACCUCCUUGCUCCUAAACGCAAGUCCUCUUGCUAUGAAGGCCAACAUGCCAUUUGCUUUCUUCACUGCCUGCUGUACCUGCAUGCUUACUUUUAGUAACUGAUGUACAAGGACACCCAGGUCUCAUUGCACCUCCCCUUUUCCUAAUCUGACACAAUUCAGAUAAUAAUAUGCCUUCCUGUUCUUGCGAACAAAGUGGAUAACCUCCCAUUUAUCCACAUAAUACUGCAUCUGCCCACUCACCCAACCUAUCCAAGUCACCCUGCAGCCUCAUAGCAUCCUCGUCACAGCUCAUACUGCCACCCAGCUUUGUGGUUAGGCAAGCUACGUCUUUAUUGCUUGGAGCACAGAAGGGUGAUCUUACAGAGGUGUAUAAAAUCAAGAGGGGAAUAGAUAGGGUGAAUGCAGUCUUUUACCCAGGGUAGGGGAAUCACGAACCAGCGAAGAUUUGGUUAUAGGGAUAAAAUUUAAUUGGAACCCGAGGGGUAACCUUUUCACUCGGAGGGUGAUGGACAGAUGGGACAAGCUGCCAGAGGAGGUCGUUGAUGCAGGUACUAGAGCAGCAUUUAAAGGUCACUCAUACAGAUACAUGGCUAGGAAAGGUUCAGAGGGAUAUGGGCCAAAAGCAGGCAAUUGGGACAAGCUUAAAUGUGACAUCUUGGUCUGUGUUCAAGUUGGGCCGAAGCAUCUGUUCAAAUGCUCUAUGACUAUCCCCUUCCUCUAAUACUGGGAUAUCUUCCCUAAUCAGAACAGCUAAUCCUUCUCCUUUUUACUUCCUAAUACUUUUGAUGUAUUGUGUUAAACUUGGUGAGUGUUAGAUACAAAUAGGGGUGAUAAUGAAGUGGUAUUAACUGAAUGUCUCACAAGAGGACAGGACUAAGCAUUGAUACAUCUGUGUACAAGAUCCAAAGCAUACCACCUCGUCUGUGAAACACUGUGGUGGGGGUGUUAUGGCCUGGGUAUGUAUGGCUGCUGAAGAUACUGGCUCACUUAUCUUCAUUGAUGAUACAACUGCUGAUGGUAGUAGCACAAUGAAUUCUGAAGUGUAUAGGCACAUCCUAUCUGCUCCAGUUCAAACAGAUGCCUCAAAACCUAUUGGCUGGCAGUUCAUUCUACAGCAAGAUAAUGAUCCCAAACAUACUGCUAAAGCAAGUUUUUCAAAGCUAAAAAUAGUCAAUUCUUGAAUGGCCACGUCAGUCACCCGAUCUGAACCCAAUUGAGCAUGCCUUUUAUAUGCUGAAGAGAAAACUGAAGGGGACUAGCUCCCAAAACAAGCAUAAGCUAUAUAUGGCUGCAAUACAGGCCUGGCAGAGCAUCACCAGAGAAGACGCCCAGCAACUGGUGAUAUCCAUGUAUCGCAGACUUCAAGCAGUCAUUGCAUGCAAAGGAUAUGCAACAAAAUACUAAACAUGACUACUUUCAUUUACAUGGCAUUGCUGUGUCCCAAACAUUAUGGUGCCUUGAAAUGGGGGGACUCUCUAUAAUCACUGCUGUAAUUUCUACAUGGUGAAACCAAAAUGUACAAAAAUGGCCUUUAUUAAAAUUUGACAAUGUGCACUUUAAUCACAUGUGACUUGUUUUUCUAUUACAAAUAUCAAAUUGUGGAGUACAGAGGCAAAUAAAUAAAUAAUGGGUCUUUGUCCCAAACAUUAUGGAGGGCACUGUAUAUAAAAUCCUAGGGGCAUACAUAAGGUGAAUGGUCAGUUGUUUUCCAAGAAUAGGGGAUUUUAAAACUAGAGUGCAAAGAUUUAAGGUGAGCGAGGAAAGAUUUAAAGGGGACAUGAGGGGAAACGUUUUCACAGACGGUAGUGCAUAUGAGAAACAAACUGCCAGAGAAAGUGGUAAAGGCGAUAUGAUUUCAAUGUAAAAAUACAUUUGGACAUGAUAGUCAUGAAGUGUGGAAACUGGCCCUUUGGCCCAACUGGCCCACGCUGACCAACAUGCCCUGUCUACACUAGUCCCACCUGCUUGUGUCUGGUCUAUAUCCCUCUAAACCUACCCUAACCCUGUACUUGAACACAUGUUGUUUACAUGUGUGACAGUACCUGCCUCAACUACCUCCUCCGGCAGCUCAAUCCAUUUACCUCACACCAUUUGCCUAGAAAAGCUGCCACUCAGAUUCCUAUUAAAUCUUUCCUCCUCGCCUUAAACCUAUAUCCUCUGGUUCUUCAUUCCCCUACUCUGGGCAAAAACUCUGCACAUUUAUCCUAUCUAUUCCUCUCAUGAUCAUAUACACAUCUAGAAGAU